CAGUAGUGUAGUAGUAAUCUGCGUGCCGCGCACUCGGCUCGCAUUUUGUGUCACCGUGCCACCAGAAGAGGGGCGACAGACUGCUGCGCGUCAAGGGGAUACCAGUCAUCAUCCACACGGUUCAAGCUACAUCCCGUUGGGGGCAAUGACAUUGGCAGCCUGACGUGGGAAUUAACGAGAAAACGCAAAAAUGACUGUGGACUUUGAAGAAUGUAUAAAAGAUUCGCCCCGAUUCAGGGCUGGAAUUGAUGAUGUGGAGACAGAUGUGGUAGAAAUCGAAGCGAAGCUCGAUAAGUUGGUGAAGCUAUGCAGCGGGAUGAUCGAGGCCGGCAGGGCCUAUGUCAGCGCUAACAAGCUCUUUGUUAACGGCAUCAGAGACCUGUCCCAGCAGUGCAAGAAAGAGGAGAUGAUAUCGGAAUGCCUUGAAAAGUGUGGCGAAAGCCUCCAAGAGAUGGUCAAUUACCACACGAUUUUGUUUGACCAGGCUCAGAGGUCCAUCAAACAGCAGCUUCACACCUUCAUUAAAGAGGAUAUACGGAAGUUCAAGGAUACCAAGAAGCAGUUUGAUCGAGUGCGUGAGGACAUGGAGCUGGCGCAGGUGAAGAACGCGCAGGCACCCAGGAACAAGGUGCAUGAGGCGGAGGAGGCGACGCAGGCUCUCAUCCUCAGCCGCAAAGCUUUUCGGCACCUGGCCCUGGACUAUGUGCUACAGAUUAAUGUGCUUCAAGCCAAGAAGAAGUUUGAAAUCCUGGAUGCAAUGCUGUCAUUCAUGCGAGCCCAGUAUACUUUGUUCCAACAAGGCUUUAACAUCUUGGAUGAGAUUGACCCCUAUAUGAAAAAACUGGCUGCACAGCUAGAUCAGCUGGUCAUUGACUCGGCCGUGGAGAAGAGGGAGCUGGAGCACAAACACGCCCUCAUCCAGCAGAGAACUCUGAUGCAGGAUUUUUCCUAUGAUGACCCUAAGCUGGAAUUCAAUGUGGAUGCACCCAAUGGUGUGGUUAUGGAGGGCUACCUCUUUAAGAGGGCCAGCAAUGCAUUCAAGACCUGGAAUAGGCGGUGGUUUUCUAUACAAAACAGCCAGCUGGUCUACCAAAAGAAACUCAAGGAUUCUUUGACAGUGGUUGUUGAGGAUUUGAGGUUGUGCUCAGUCAAACCAUGCGAAGAUAAUGAGAGGCGGUUCUGCUUUGAGGUGGUUUCACCCACUAAGAGCUGCAUGCUGCAGGCUGAGUCCGAGAAGCUGAGGCAGGCAUGGAUCCAGGCCGUCCAGGCAAGCAUCGCUUCUGCUUACAAGGACAUCACCGACAACUAUUACAUCGAGCGAUUGGACCGGACUGCCUCACCCUCCACCAGCAGCAUUGACUCCGCCAGUGAACCCAGAGAGAGAGGAGAGAGGGCUGAUAAGGGAGUUCGGGGAGGAGGAGAGAGCCUCCUCCAGCGAGUGCAGAGCCUGCCAGGCAAUGAGCUGUGCAGUGACUGUGGCCAAACAGCUCCCUGCUGGGCCUCUAUCAACCUGGGAGUGCUGCUCUGCAUUGAGUGCUCAGGGAUCCACAGGAGUUUAGGGGUCCAUUUCUCUAAAGUGCGUUCACUGACGUUAGACUCGUGGGAGCCAGAAUUACUUAAGCUGAUGUGUGAAUUGGGGAAUACUGUGAUCAACCAGAUUUAUGAGGGAUCCUGUGAAGAACUCGGAGCAAAAAAACCAGGCCCCUCCAGUUCAAGACAGGAGAAAGAGGCCUGGAUCAAAUCUAAAUACGUGGAGAAACGCUUCCUGAAGAAGAUGAGUGGCAGCGAAGCGCUCGUGCAAGGUGAAAGGAAGUCCCGCCCUUGGACAGUGAAGAAAUGCCAGCGACACAGCAGCUCUGUUCGGGCACCCAACAAGGCUCGUAGGAAAUAUCACCGAUAUGAACCCGGCAGCGCCUCGCCGGCAAACCUCUCAGCAGCAGCUGCAGCAAAGUUUCGCCGGGACUCACUGUUCUGUCCAGAUGAGUUGGACUCAUUAUUUUCCUACUUUGACACUGGCUCUGGUCCUCGCAGUCUCAGUAGCGACAGCGGCCUGGGAGGAAGUACUGACGGGAGCACAGACGUCCUGGCCUUUGGCUCAGUGGUGGACAGUGUAACAGAGGAAGAAGAGGAAUCAGAGGAGUCCUCCAGUGGUGAGGUAGAAAUUGAACAGGAAGUAUCCUCAGACCCUGAAGACCCAAGAGAACUCCACCCUGGCGCGCUCCUAUACCGAUCCUCCCGACUCCACAACUUGCCGCUCAUGGCGGAGGCUUUGGCACACGGUGCUGACGUACACGCCGCUUGCGAGGAAGAGGAGGGAAAAACGCCACUCAUUCAGGCUGUGAUAGGGGGCUCCUUGAUAGCUUGUGAGUUCUUGCUACAGAAUGGGGCCGAUGUGAACCAGAGGGACAUGAGAGGCAGAGGCCCACUGCACCAUGCAACCGACUUGGGGCACACUGGGUUGCGUCUAGCUCGGAUGAAUGAAGAGAUGCGAGAGGCAGAGGCGGCUCCGCUGGGUCAACCAGGUCAAUACCCCACAAGCAGUCCCACUGAGCAGCAGUAUAGGAAGUGCAUCCAGGAAUUCAUCUGUCUCAACAUAGACGAAUGCUAGUGGUCACUUCUGUACCGUGGAGCAAAGCGUGUGCUCUAUUUAUAAAUCUUCCUCCUGACUGAGAAAAUAACAUAUUCAUGUAAAAGCUGCCCCUACACCCUGAUCACAAAUCAGUUACUUCCCCUAGAUCUAAGCCUGCAGGCAACUUCUGAUAAGCUGGGUGUCUGAAUACAGAGUGACUAUUGGAUGCUUCAAGUCAUAGGGAGCAGCCCCGUGAUGGACCUUUCUAACUCUACUGACUAUCCAGUCACCUUCACCAUCUUCCUGCUUCGCCACUAUGUUUCUGCUUGCCAUUACUUGGCACUACCAAUCCUAGCUACACAACACAGCCAGUAAAAUGACAUCAGCUUUUUUGGUGUUUCGCUAACAGGGUUAUGCUCUAACUUCAUUACAUGGUGUGACCUCCUGUAUGAGGGUGUGGGUGUUUUUAUUUUUGUUGCCUAACAGCUCUUACCUCAGAAGAAUCUCGCUGCAUUAAUCCUGUACACUUUAUAUCUAUCCAGACCAUCUGUGUGACAUCCAAUGUACCCAUCUCUCCUUCAUCAGAGAUGUAAAUAUGCAUAUUUAGAAGUUUAGAAACUGUGUACUGUGGCAUGAGGUAAAACAAUAUGGUAUUUGUUCCAGUAACUUAAAAGAAAAAGAGUAACUGACAAGCUGCAGUGGAGGUGGGCAGGAUAGUUUUACUGUGUAUAAAAAGGGGGGUCGGGAAGGAAGAAGUGAAACUGUGACAAAAAUGUUGAAGGGCUUGUGGGGAAGAGACCCUCGCCUGCUUUGUAAGAUACUUUGUGUCGUCAUGAGUGAGUGAGUGAACAGGAGAGUGCAUGUGUUAAAGAAUACUGAGAGACAGUUAAAUAAUAUGUAAAGGAAAAAAAAAGACUGUGCACUUUUCCCAUAUACAGAAUUAUCAUUUAGCUUUUACAUUGUUCUUGUCUAGUCAAGUUGUUGUCAAUUUAUUGUCUAUUUUAAUGAUGUCUUUUUUAUUUAUCUUUCCAGAGGACCAGUGCAAUGCAUUAUUGAAUGCAGUUUUAGAUCAGCAUUUCUGUUAAUGAUUGUCAUUUCAAUCUAAAAUCCUUAUUCAGAAUUUAUGAUGGAGGUCUUUAGAUAUAUUUUACAUUAACAGCAGUCAGAAAACGUUCAAAUGGCCUUAGAUUACAGAGUACUUUUGUCUUGGCAGUAAAACAUGCCACUUCUCAUUAGGUUAUGCAAGCAUAUCAAUGGAACUUCUGAUUGCUCUGAGGAAAUUCUGAAUUGACAGUGACUCAUUGUUUGAGCAAUAACUGUGCCAAUAGUUCAGAGCAGUGACAACAUGCAGAAACGUAAAACUGCAUCAUGUUAUUCACUUCCAUUUACAGAACAUGAAACUACAAAAAGCUCUUCAGCUUCCUGGCAAUGGUAAUAUUACAGGAAAGUAUUCGUGUUAUGUUGAAAUUAUGGAGCAUAUUUAAUCUUUUAAAAACUCGUGUCGUGACAGGACUAGCAUAUCUACGUCAGUGCUAAGAAUAUCCUCUGUAUGCUUUGCUAGAUUUUUGGGAAGUUUGACCUUCUUUGCAUCUUGAGCAUGAUGAAUAUUUUUUCUAUAAUUUGAUCACUUUGUGCAGUGCAGUCCUGUCAAAAAAAGCAUGUACCAAUAUGACCUCUCUGGUGUCAGAAGUUUCUUCCUUUUUCCACCUCUGUGCCAUUGUUUCAUCCACACAUGAAUCUGUGGUGACUUUUCUUCUCUUCUUUUCCUUUCUUUCAUUUUUUUUUAUACUGUGCUUUUAUUUUCCUCUGCCAAAGACUUUUUUUUUUUUUAAAAGGGAAAGUGUCUGACACUGUUGUAUAACAUCAUGUUAAAAAAAGGAAAAAAAGAAGAAUUGUUUUGGGUAUAUACAGGAUACUCUUACCAUCCUUUCUGAGUUGUGAGAGUGGUAGAAACACUGUUGGUGCUCACAUGUUCAGAAGAUGUGACUUGCCUGAUAGAUGCAAUAGUUCAAUGUACUGCAAGUAGAACCAGUCUCGGGGGGUGAUGUGAAGCUACUGUUACCAAACUGUUAAGAGCUGUCGCCCUCGCGGAAGUAUUAAAUGUUGUGUCCAUUUGUGUGUAGUAUUGGCUUAAGAGUGGUUAAAGGCGCAAACAUGCUGUAUAUAGUACACUUGCAUAUUUUAACUUAAUGCUAACUUCCUGCCUCUCAGCAUUCGGUCACAGAUUCUGUUUAAUGUUUGUUUUUUCAUUGUAUUUGAAAAACAGCCGGUCGGGUAGAACUGUGACACGGUUCUGAAUUACUUGCGGGGUUUCUUCUGUUUACUGGCAUUUGGAUAUCUUUGGAAUACUCCCUUCCAUGUCUUUAGAAGCACUAAGGGGAAAAACAAAAUACAUACAAUAAAACUGAGAAACUGAAAUGGAUCUGUUAACCCAGCUGCCUGCUUCUUAUUCUCAUUGCUGUUCCCUCUCUCAUCUUUUCUGUCUAACAUUCUCCCAGCAUUCUUUUUCCAGAUGAUAGCUGCUCUAAUUUAUUGAAUAAUAAUAAAUACGGCAGUGGUUGUAAUCCAUAGAUAUAGCCAGAUGCUGGGAGAGUGCUAUUUUACAGAAUACUCUGGUGUGUCUUUGGUGAUGUACAAACUUUUGGUAGCACUUGGCUUAUUCAAAGCAAUAAACCAGUUAGUCUCAUGUUGUGAAAUAUCACUGAGGUGUACACGUGGAUCUCUCCAGACUCUACUAUUUAAGAAUAACUUAAGCAUUCAGAGUCUUAUGGGUAUUAAAACAGUGCUUCAUCUGCUUGCCCGCAGCAGCAACACCGUGCCUUGAAUAAUUCAGUGUCUCCAGUGUGUAAAACAUGUAUGUGCUCUCACAAGCGUUGUCACACCAUCCCUGAAUAAAAUGUCCUCUCUAAUUCCUUCAAUUUAACACUAAAGACGAAUGACACAUGUCCACUUGAGGAAAUAACCACUGACUGACAUAUCAUUGCUUCUGUUACCACAGGACGUACCCCGAGCAGCAGGAGAGGAAAACCUAAGGAUGUUCGGGAUAGAGUGACAUCUCCUACACUGAUGUCUUUCGCGAGUUUUCUCUCCUCGCGUCUCUCCAGCCCGAAAAGUUGAGAAGAAGGAGCUUACAGUUCAGCAGCUGUAAGAAGCCAAAGUGAUCCCUGCUGACCCCUCACUUCAUCCGACCUCUCUUCAGUCACUUUGGAAUCAGGCAGGAGACUGCUGCGUUCGAUUAGAAGACACGUUGGUCCUCGGAAGUGAAUGCUCUGGGAAUGAAAAAAGAAAAGUCCAAUUCCAGCAGGCACAAGUUAAAACUACAGCAGACUUGUAAUAGUUGUAAUAUUCUCUCGUAAAUAAACUUGUUCAAAGCCAAACAGUUCUAUUGCACUGAUGUUUUAGCUGACUUACUCCAGCUUUGAUAAUGUUAGUCAUCCAGCAGAGCUGACAUUAACAUUUGAUGACCUUUAGACAUAUAACACCAAAACAAUUCUCAACCUGUCCAACUAAUAUUGCAUAGGGCCCCAUUACAAAGUAAACUCAACCUUGGACCUGUCUGAGCAUGAACAAUGGGACCUCUGGAGCUUGAGUUGGAUAGGACAUCAUGUAGAUGCAUCAUCAAAUUGGAAUCUGGGGAGCCUGGAGGUUCAAUCAGUGCCUUGGCUUGUUUUUUGUGUUCCUAUUUCUGCCAACAGGAAGUACAAUUUCUUUAUGUGCAGCAGUUUUUGGACAGAUGGUCAUAUGUGCAAUGAAUGUCCUCAUGACUCUCAGGACCCGAGUUAUCCCCGGAGAACAGUGCAAUGCAAGAGGUGAUGAUUGUUAUUUACUGUAAUUUGGGGGGGGAAUUCUCUCAGGAAGCAGUUGAGCUUCCCAAACCGUGGGUCUCACACCCACACCAACAAAAUAAAAAAAUAACACAGAUAAAAUAAUCCGGGUUUGACUGUGUUUGCUAAUGCUUAUGCAAAUAUUUCCACGGGCUUAAUGACGCUCUCUAUGAUGAGUAAAUGAAACUUGACCUUUAAAUUAAGUGAAGUAAUCCUUUAACAUUUGUUUAGCAUUUGUGAUGAAAUUUCUGAUAAAAUGAUGAUGAUGAAGUGUUUUGUAACUGGCAGAAGUCAAAUAAAAACAAUCUACUGAAA